AUGUCAUUAGCUAGAAAAAGUUAAGGGUCAAAACAAAAAAGUAAAAACGAGAGUGGUUUUCAACAAUAAAUAAAGACUUUAGUCUAGAAAGUCAAUAAUCCACCUUAAAAUUUAACAAAAUAAUGGAUAAAAGAAAAGGAGAAUGAAUAAAAAUAAUUAUUUGAACAAAUUAGACAAAGUGAAUUUGCUGGAAGAUCUUCAACACUUAUAUAAUUAACAGAAUUAGCGAAAAAGAUUGGGAAAAUGAGAAAAAGUUUAAAAAGUGUUGCAGAUGAUCGAAUGAGAACACCAACAUCAGAUAAAAAGAGUAGAAAAUCUACAAAAUCAGGGAAAUCAGUAAAAAGUUAAAGUAGAAAGACUUUAAAUAAAUUAUCUCAUUCAAGAGGGUAAUUGAAAAGCUUUGAACAGAGCAGAAGUAAAUCAUCAAAAAAAAGUAAAAAAGAAAUAAAGUCUUCAAAAACACAAUAGACUCCAAAAUUUACAAAAAAAGCUUUUGAAAAUAAAUUGGGUAAUUUUUCAAAGGUUUUAUAAAAACAAACUGAUUGCUAAAGAUCAAAUGUAAGAAUUACAGAAUCAAGAGGUUCAAAAUAAAUUGCAGAUCAUAGUUUAAGGUAAAUAUUAAUAUUAUAAUGAAGUCCAUCAAGACCAUCAUUAAAUUCAUCAAAAAAAUAAUCAAAUAAUAAGAAAGCAUAUGGUUCUUAUUUUGAUGAUGGAAGUUCAAUAACAGAAUCAAGUGAUUCAAAGGAAAUGAUAAACCUAUAAGUAAACCCUUAAACAAAAUUAUCAAAAUAUGAAACUCUGGUUGAAAGUGAAAGAAAAGGAUUAGAUACUGAAGUAUGUUAAUUAAGUAGAGAAGAAAAUUUGAUGCUAACAACAAAACUAGAAUCUGUUUCUAAAGAUAAACUCUUACGUGAAUAUCGUGUUUUAUAUUAUAGAAGUAAAGAAGUCAGAAAAUUAUUAACUGAAUAUUAUGAAUAGAAUAUUAGUCUAACAGAUCAAUUAAAUGAAUUAAAAUAAUUACUAUCUGAAAAAUAUACGGAAAUUAAAAAAUUAAAAAAAGAAUUAAAAUUAAUUUAAGUUGAAUAUAGCAACAAAUUUGAUUCAUUGGGCAAGUCUUAUUAAUAAUAAGAAAGUACUUCUGGUCCUUUCAAUGAUUAUGAUAGAAUUAAAGAAUAAAAUGAAAAACUUUUAGUUGAGAAUUAAAUAUUAAAAGAUGAUCAUAAAGAUAUUGCUUCAAAAUUACAAUAAAUAGAAAAUUAAAUAUAUUAAAACAGAUAAUAUGAACAUCCAGAUCAAGAUAUUUUUCAAAGACUCUAAAGAGAAGUGGAUUCUCUAAAAGAUUAGACAGAAAAAUUAAGAGAAGAAAAUAUCAAACUUAAAUUAUAAUUAGAUAAAGAAAUGUUAACAAAUAGAGAAUUAGCUUAAUAAAUCAAUUUUAAGAAAAACGAAAUUGAUGAUACAGUUGAGAUGAAAUAAUAAGAAUUGGCCUAAACUAAAGCAAAUCUCUAAACUGCAAAUUCUAAAGUCUAAAAAUUAGAGUAAUAGAUUAGUCAAAUGAAAUAUUAAAUUAUAGGAGAUCAGGAUUAAUCUUUUUAGAUCAAAGAAAAAUUAUAGAGAUAAGAAGAAGAAUUAAGAAUAGCAAAUUUAAAAGUUGAGAACAGAGAAAAAGAACUUAAAGAAUAAAAAUAAAAAGAAUUAGGUUUAAAAAAACAAAUAUUGGAAUUGGAAUAAUAAAUUGAUAAUUAAUCCUCUCUUUCUCAAACAUAUUUUGAAUCAAAUUUCUCAAUUAAUAAUAAAUCAAAUAAUGCAGAUUCAUGUAAUAUUUUUAAUAAUUCUAGUUAUUAAUAAAGAAUAAUUAGCAGAAAGAUAAUUUUUGGCAAAAACUCAAGAAUAAUUAUUGACUGUUUAAGUUGAAAAUGAAUAAUUAAAAAGAAAUAUAAAGUAAUUAGAACUUUAAUUAUCUUUUGAAAAAUAAUCAAAUGAAUAAAUUAAAACUAGAUUAAAUUAAAUUUAAGAAGAAAAAGAUAUUACUGUUUAAAGAGUUCAAAAAUAAUUUGAAGAAAUAGAAAAUAAUAGAUAAAAAGAAUUAAUUUUAGCUGAAUAAUCUUAAAAAAAUUAAGAAAAUAUGUUAUACAGUGCAUAAUAGAGAAUAAAUGAAUUAGAAAGUGAACUUAGAAUCUUAAAUAAGUAAGAAUAAGAAUUAAAAAAUUAAAUCAAUGAUUAAAGAAUAUUAAUUGAAAGGUAAUUAUUAAAAAUUGAAUAAAAUGAAUAGAAAUUGGAUAAUUUACAUGGCUAAAUUUAUUAAGUGGAAUCUGAAAACUUGCAUUUAAAUGAAACUAACAAGCUACUUAGAAUAUAACUGUAAUAGUUAAAUAAGGAAGUUGAAUAAAAAGAAAGAAUAAAGGAUAAUUUUAAAACUAAAUAUUCAAGUAAUCAAUAAGAUAAUAAAAAAUUUAUAAUUUAACAAUCAGAAGUAUUUAUAAGCUUAUAUUUAGAAAGAAAAUGUUAUGAAAUAAACAUACACUAAUGAGUUAGAAAGGAUAAGAAAUGAGAAAGAAUAGUUAGAAAGAUUAAAAAGUUAAGAAGAAUAGCAACGUAUAUAAAGAGAUAAAAAAUUGUAAGUUAUCAAUGAUUUACAAUAAAUGAUUAAAGUUAAUAAAAAAUCAUUCGAUAAAUGA